UGGCUCUGUUUUGGUUCCAACUCGUGGUCUUCUUCUCUGCUGUGUGCUCUGCUGUUGCACUCCUUGCUGCUUGGUGAAUAAUUUAUUUAGUUGCAAUUGCAAUAUAAAUUUCUGCAACUUCCAACAACAGCGUCGUCGUCAAACCAGGGCGACGAGAACAAGAACCGCUUCAAAAAAGCAGCGUCAAGAGCGUGGAGGGAGAGUGGUGGACCCUGUAACCCUAUCUCAACCCCACGCUCGCUCGCUCUCCGUAACCAUGAACUACAACUACUUCUGGGGCAACUUACCCCCCAUCCUCACUCUUCCUCUUUCCGGCUGAAUCCUUUCUACUUUAGUUUUAAUUCGUUUUGUGCAUGGGUCGUCGUGUGAGUUAGCAGUUUAGUUAAACAUCCUCAGCUAUCUCAAUUGCCAAUGUACAAAUACAACAAGCCACCAGGGCCGAGUGUGGGGGAGACGUUCACCGUGACCUGUUAUACCUGUCAGAUGCCAUCAUCAAAAGAGUGGGCGCAGCUGGUUCAAAGUCGGCCCUACUCGCCCGACCCAUCCGUUCCCUUCUUUCCCUUCCUUCUACAAACAGGGAGCCCCCCACCAGGCGCCCUCUUCUCCGAGAAUGGCUCCACUUAUCUCUGCGCUUUCUGCCACGCUCUCCUCGAAUCCCAGUGGAACGCCUUUGAAGGGAAGAAGGAAAUCGUGACCCCGAUGCAAAGGAAGUAUUUCAUCCGCAAGUUCAUCUGUGCCGUUUGUGGGGUGGAAACAUAUCGAAAGCGAGUUCGAGCACUUCCAUUUCAAGAAUUUCCCUUUCUGGCGAAAACUCGUCAGCCGGGGAGCAUAACGUUGGGAAAUAAUCCACUGGCUGUGGUUUGUCUAGAUUGUUCCGAAACUUUGUGGGCACAAAGUGCCGAAUAUGACCGGUGGGGACUCCCUGUACACAAGCGCCAUUUCAACUGGAUGGCGAGACCACCACCACCGGAAGACAGUGUAGAGGCCACCGUGGCAAGGUUGCCGUCUGGGGAAACCCAACUUCCUCGAUGUCCACCAACAGAACCUCUCGCUCCUCCCAAAACGAAUGAGCCCACAGCCCUUCCCGAGGCAAUUCCACCGAUCAACAAGUAUGUGCAUAGGCCGAGAGCCAACAGUGGAUUAGGUCUGAGGCUGGAGGGGAUCAUCAACCAGCAGCAGACCGUCAAAUACAGCGUGACUCAGCCCACAUCGACAAUGGUGGGACAUCGGCAAGGAGGAGUGAGUCCCCUCGCCCUGACCAGAGGUCCUCAAACCUCACCGCAAAGAAAUCACCUGGUGAAAACAUCUCACAGAUUCGCAGACUCCAGCAAUAUUUCCACGCUGGAAGUCAACCUUCAUGUUCAGCCCCCUGUGGUCACCGUGGCUCCCAUGUCAUCUCUGCAACAUCAUCAUCAUCAUGGGAUUGCAGGUGGUAGGAAAAACUCGCUCGUGUACACAAUUAGCCACAUGGAUGAUAGAUCAUCACCAAAUAACAACAAAUAUGAAUUAUCUACCUCAUCAUCAUCCUUUGGGAGACCAUACGGAUUUAGCAAUGAAGCUGCACUUAGGCAUGGAGGGUCUCAGUCCUCCUUUCCUCAUCACCUAUUGCCAUACUAUUCUCCUGGUGGUCAUUACCCGUGGCCUUCGAGUGGCACUACCACUAGUAGUGGUGGGGGUGGAGGAGGAGGGGGAGACGACGCUGACGUUCCAGAUUACACCACACCCAAUAAUUUUGACGACCAUCCACUCGCUUCCUCUAUUACCUCAAGUCACCACCACCAGCACCAACGAGGUCAUCGGCACCACCAUUCGACACCGUGGAGGCAACGCGAGUCUCCAACAAAUCAACUUUAUUCACCGUCUUCUCCUUAUCCUUCUCUUUCUUCGGCUGCUGUCGCUACAGUUAGUAAUACCAGUGGUGGAUGCAGUUCAUCUGCGGUCCUGACCCGAGGCCUUGCUGUUGAUCCUGAUUUACCAUCACCACCCUCACUCAUUGGUCACCCACUGUCACUAUCCACACUAUUUCCCCAACUGCGCCUCCAGUCUGCACCAUGUUCGUCCACAACAACAACGACGACGACGACCCUGCGUAUAGAAAGUCCGGGUUCUUCACCUUUGCGAAUUGCUUCUGCCCCCUCUCUCAGCCAUCAAAGCCGACAAAAUUUUCCUUCACCUCGUGAUUGUGGUGACUAUGAUAUGUGUCAAACGCUGCCAAAUUCUACAGGGUUGAAAAAUGAAGCUGGGACAAGUCUCCCUGUUCGCCAUCAUCCCCAACUUCACUGGAUAGAGCUGCGAGAGGCAAAUCUUUCGCAUAACUCGAGUGGUGAAGAUGAGGGGGGACGAAUUGUGAGAGCGCACUCGACCCCAACUCGAACCUCUCUCUCCCCAGCAGAAGCAGCCCGAUCACAAGACUACUCACUUCAUCUCCACCAUCGUCGCAGCAGCGUUCAACACAGGUCUUCCCCCUUUCAGGAGGAUGACCUCCACCUGAAUCGUGACAGUAGUGAAGGUGAAAGAUCAGAAAUUCUGGAAGAGCGACGCCAGUCUAGGCUUUCCUCCCAGGGAAUAAGUAGUGGAGGUGGUGGGGAAGGUAGAAGGGACUUCCUAGUUCCAAAGAAGCGUUAUUGGAAACCAUCAGAUAGUCCAAUUUCCGGUGAAAACAAUCUGAUGGAUGAGGAAAAUCAGUUGCCAAAGACUCGUAAUACCAGUGAACUUGACUCCGUGUUGGUAAAGAAACGAAAAUUCUCUAUAAACCAUGAGGAAUCUUCGUUCCGCAUUUAUAGUGACCAAUCGCAUGGAGAUGCAAACAAUGGUUGUGAUGAAGUGCCUUCAAAUUCAGGAGGAGGAGAAGCAGGAAGGAAUAAACAUGGUGCCAUCGACUUGUCGCAAAAGUCACAAUCGAACAAAAGUCGAAUGGACUCUUAUUGUUCUUCUUCUGAACAGAACCGGUUAUCUCCACGAUCCAAGUUCUCAAUUGCGUACUUGAGCAAGUCUGAAUCUCUUCCAGAAGAAAAACCAAAAGUGUCCUUGGAGGAAAGGACGACAAUGGCGGAGGAGGAAAACAAUCAGUCGUGCCGUCGUACUAAUUCCUCUUCGGUACCACCAGCAGCAGUAGCAGCGGGGACGAUGUCACCUCCUUCACGCCAACCCAUCACAAAUACCAAAGAUGAACGAGAGAAUGAACUUGCAUUUAUUUCUACGUCUGCAACCCAUGUGAGCAAUGAUGACAAAAACCUUUCUUCUUUGAUCCUUGAUGAUUCUUUUGCACGAAAGACUAUUCAAUAUUUUAUGGCAAAGGAGGCCGAGGCAAGGAUGGUGCUCAACGAAAUUAGAGCCAAACAACGAAACUUUUUGAAUCAACUUGGACUCAUUACGCCAAAAGAAAAGAUGGGGCUGGAACUGAAAUCGCUCUCUUGUCGAAGUGAAAGAGGAACGGUGCCUUCCCCGAAGCUGAGUGAGCUACAAUCAUCACCCUCGGAAAAAUCUCUCACUUCUAUUUUGAAAACGGAAAGUGAUUCAAAGACUUCAUUUCUUCACGUACUAGGACUCCGGCCAAAAACUGGUACAGAAAACUCGAAAGCAAAAAAUAAAGGGUCUUGCAGUAAUUCCAUCAAUACACAAUCGUUGAGGUUAAGCACAAAUCGAGCCCAAAUCUACCAAGAGUGUUCGUCAUCAUCAUGUUCCUCCGCCCACGCGUCCCAGCCCUCUCUUCCACGCCAUGAUGAUGAGGAUAAGGAUAAGGAGGAGGAGGAUGAAAGUAACAACUUCCUCAAUAACCCUGUGUGCAUCAAAUACCCAAAGUUCGUACCUGGUUUGGAUGUCAAACUAGGAGGGAACAAUCCUCCAUGUGGUGACUCAGAUGAAAGGAGAAAAUGUGACCACGUACUUCGCAUCCCAGUCGUACACAAACGAAUAGUUUCCCUUCGAAAUCACAACUCGAACAGUGAAGAUGACGAAGUAGGAGAAAACGUUACAAAUUCCGAAUACAGAGACACAUGUUCAGCCACCUCAACCUUAUUACGUGAUGAUAAUGAUAACGGGAUGAACGAGUUAGAUGCCAUCCUCCUAACUGCUAAGCUUCAUUGGAGAAAAUCCAGAAAAUUGUUACUCAGAGCUAUCAACGAGACAAAAUUAAGCUACUGUCCCCUUGAGGAGCAACUUGACCGAGUCCAGACAAUCCGAAGGCAUUUGACAAUGCAACAUUCCGAAAUCCGAGAUACGGACAUGGCCCUUGAAACCUUGGAGAAACACAUCUUUAACAAUAUUGAGAGCGUCUCAUCAAGAAAUCGACAAUCUUUACCCAAAGUUUAGUACCGAUAUAAUUUUAUAGUCGAUAAGGUCAAUUAUUUUUAUGUCAUCUUAGCAGCCGAGCCAACAGAAGCCCACUUAAGAGCUUAUAUAUAUAUUUGCAUAAUAUCUGGCUCAUUCAUGAGCUGACCACGAUUAUUGUUGCUUCCUCUUCUUUACCCUGUCCUACAAACAGAGUGCUAUACACCUAAAUAUACGUGUAAAACAAUCCAAGAAAUGCCUAGUCUCGCUCUAGUUUAAUGAACCAGUAAUAAACUAUUGCAACCUUAUCCUCA